AGGGGCAGCCAAGGCAUGCAGCUAGUUCCGAAAAGCAACCACAAGAGCAGGAGUGACUGGAAAGUGAGAGGACUUUGCCUAAAGAAAACCACUACGCCCUCCGCUGUGAUGAUGACAAGGAUCGCGGGCUUCAUAGUCUUCCUGUCUCUAGCGCUCACGCUCAGCGACGCAGCAAACCCUUGCUGUUCGAACCCAUGUCAAAACCGAGGUGUAUGUAUGACCACUGGAAUUGACCAAUACCAAUGUGACUGUACAAGAACAGGAUUCUAUGGAGAAAAUUGUACAACUCCUGAGUUUCUGACAAGGCUAAAAUUGAUGCUGAAACCUACUCCAGACACAGUUCACUACAUCCUCACCCACUUCAAGGGAGUGUGGAAUAUAGUCAACAAUAUCCCUUUUCUUCGGGACUCAGUGAUGAGAUACGUGUUGACAUCAAGGUCACAUCUGAUUGAGAGCCCACCAACAUAUAAUGUUCACUAUGGUUACAAAAGUUGGGAAGCCUUUUCUAACCUCUCUUACUACACUAGAGCUCUUCCCCCAGUGGCAGAUGACUGCCCAACUCCAAUGGGUGUAAAAGGUAAAAAACAGCUUCCUGAAUCCAAAGAGAUUGUGGAAAAAUUUCUUCUCAGAAGGAAAUUUAUUCCUGAUCCCCAAGGCACAAAUAUGAUGUUUGCAUUCUUUGCCCAACAUUUCACUCACCAGUUCUUUAAGACAGACCAUCACAGAGGCCCAGCCUUCACAAAAGGACUAGGACAUGGGGUUGAUUUAAAUCAUAUUUAUGGAGAAACUUUGGAAAGACAACAUAAACUACGGCUUUUCAAGGAUGGAAAAAUGAAAUAUCAGGUAAUUGAUGGAGAAGUAUAUCCACCCUUAGUGAAAGAUACUCAGGUAGAAAUGAUCUACCCACCACAUGUCCCUGAGCAUCUGAAAUUUGCUGUUGGGCAAGAAGUAUUUGGCCUGGUUCCAGGUUUGAUGAUGUAUGCUACUAUAUGGCUUCGUGAGCAUAACCGAGUGUGUGACAUCCUUAAACAGGAACAUCCCGAAUGGGAUGAUGAGCAGUUGUUCCAGACUACCAGACUGAUAUUGAUUGGUGAGACUAUUAAGAUUGUGAUUGAAGAUUAUGUCCAACACUUGAGUGGUUAUCAUUUCAAACUGAAAUUUGACCCAGAACUGCUGUUCAGCCAGCGCUUCCAGUACCAAAACCGAAUUGCUGCUGAGUUUAAUACCCUCUACCACUGGCAUCCUCUACUUCCUGACACCUUCCAAAUUGAGGACAAAGAAUAUAGUUAUCAGCAGUUCCUCUACAACAACUCUAUAUUACUGAAACAUGGAAUUUCCCACAUGGUGGAAUCAUUCUCUAGGCAAAUUGCUGGCCGGGUUGCUGGGGGCAAGAAUGUUCCGCCUGCAGUACAGAAAGUUGCCAUGGCUUCAAUCGACCAGAGCAGACAAAUGAAAUACCAGUCUCUAAAUGAAUACCGAAAACGCUUCAUGCUCAAGCCUUUUAGUUCAUUUGAAGAAUUGACAGGAGAGAAAGAAAUGGCUGCUGAGCUGGAAGCCCUCUAUGGUGAUAUUGAUGCUAUGGAGUUGUAUCCUGCUCUUCUAGUAGAAAAACCUCGCCCAGGUGCCAUCUUUGGAGAGACCAUGGUAGAACUUGGAGCACCCUUCUCACUCAAAGGACUCAUGGGUAACCCAAUAUGUUCCCCUGAAUACUGGAAGCCUAGCACUUUUGGUGGAGAUACAGGUUUUAACAUUAUCAAUACAGCCUCAAUCCAGUCACUGAUCUGCAAUAAUGUAAAGGGAUGUCCCUUCACUGCAUUUGAUGUUCAAGACUCCCAACUCACCAAAACAGCAACUAUUAAUGUCAGUUCAUCACACUCUGGACUAGAUGACAUCAAUCCCACAGUACUGCUAAAAGAACGGUCAACUGAACUAUAGACACCUAUUGGACGUAUUUAUUUAUUUAAGUAAAGUAUUUCUCUAAGUUAUCUAUUUAUAAAUAUUUAUA